AUGAUCACGAGGGAGUGUAUAGCACAAUGGGGUCGUCUCAUCAAGCCCAAAACCUUUGUCAUAAAGGACACUUACUCCAUUGGUCCUAUUACCAACUUGACCAACUUACUUGAAGGUAUUUUCAAAAUCACACAACCACUGGAUCAAUCGGCAACGGAGAACUCAACAGCACAAAAGAGCUGGUUUCGAGGGUUUCAUUUCAUUUUCAACUGUCAAACGAAUCAGCAUUUGGGAAGUGAUGGAUACGAUAACUACCAAGCACCGGUGAUUGAUAAUCAUCAACUAUACAUGAGACGAUUAUGGGCCAAAGGAGCCAUUCAAUUUGUUCAACCACCAGAAUUGAAUACUGCUAUGAAAUGCACUGAGCAGGUCAAAACGGUUAAACCAUUCAAUGAAGAUGUUUUUGUUGAUAUUGAGCGUAAAUACACUACUUCAGAAGGACGUGAGCUACUAGUUGAGAAUAGGACAUUGCUGUAUACAAACAGAUUAUAUGCGCCAAACAAUUUUCCCAAAUUGACUCAUCAUGAACCGCUAGUCACAUUCAAACUAUCACCCAUUGACUUGAUGAAGUAUAGCAUGCUCACUUAUAACCUACAUCGUAUCCAUUUUGACGCUAGAUACGCCCAUUCAAUUGAAAAUUUGCCUACAUUGCUCGUUCAUGGUCCAUUUCAAGUGACAUUGAUAUUGUAUUACUUUAGUCUACAACAUCCCGAUCUUGUUGCUCAUUACUUCAAGUAUCGCACGUUUGAACCGUUUUUUGUCAAUGAAGAAGCUGCAAUACUGAUUAUCGCCAAAGGUGCAAAUGAAUUUGAAUUGACAUUGUUUCAUCCUGUGGACAAAACUGUAUAUCUACAAGGUACCGUAAAAUGCAAAAAGCCUGAAACAUAG